AUGGUAAUACGUGAAAGUGUAUCGAGAAUAUAUGUUGGUAAUUUGCCAUCACAUGUCUCUUCAAGAGAUGUAGAAAAUGAAUUUCGAAAGUAUGGUAAUAUAUUAAAGUGUGAUGUAAAAAAAACAGUAUCAGGAGCUGCUUUUGCAUUUAUAGAAUUUGAGGAUGCACGAGAUGCAGCAGAUGCAAUAAAAGAAAAAGAUGGUUGUGAUUUUGAAGGAAAUAAAUUAAGAGUAGAAGUACCUUUUAAUGCUAGAGAAAAUGGAAGGUAUAACGCUAGAGGUGGUGGAAGGGGUAUGAUGCAUAGAGGUCCAAAAUCACGAAGAGGAAGAUAUGUAGUUGAAGUUACAGGACUGCCAAUAUCAGGUAGCUGGCAAGAUUUAAAGGAUCACUUAAGAGAAGCAGGUGAAUGUGGUCAUGCAGAUGUAUUUAAAGAUGGUACAGGUGAAGUAUCCUUCUUUAAUAAAGAUGAUAUGCUUGAAGCUAUAGACAAGUUUAAUGGAUCAAUAUUUAGGUCACACGAAGGAGAAAAAUCAAAAAUAUCUAUCAGACAAAAAAAAACAUUAUGGAGACGUGACGAUGGAGGUUAUGGAAGAUAUAAUAGUAGACACCGAAGCUACUCUAGUAGGAGUUAUUCCAGAAGUGGAAAACGAUCCUAUACUAGAAGCAGAAGUAGAAGUUACAGUAGCAGAAGUUAUAGUAGAAGUAGAAGCUCAAGUAGUCGAAGUCGAAGUAGAAGUAUGGACAGAAGAAGAGAUACUUAUGAUAAAAAAAGAAGUUAUUCAAGAAGUUUAUCAUACCAAGAAAGAAGAAGAAAUAAUAGAACUAUAUCAAAAUCAAGGUCCAGAUCAAGAACAAAUUCGAGAUCAUCAUCAUGGUCCCAUAAAAGAAGACAUUAG